UGAAUACUUGCAAGAUCAACAGAGAGCAUCAGAAAAGGGCCAACAAGUGUGAAAACUUGCAAGGGCAAGCAAAGCUCGCCGGGACGCGCGGCACUGUGUGUGCGCCGGAAUACAUGCGGCGCGGGGUCCGGAAGAAUUCUUGGCCAGCUUGCCAAUCCUGCUACAUAAUCGACAUUGGACAACCACAACAAACAUUUAUUUCCAUAAUCGAAAGGGGGGAACGAGAGGCACGGUCAACAUGAGUCUCCUGAGGCCAUUCGAAGCGUCCGAUAUAUUCCGGUUCAAUCACGUUAAUCUAGAUGCCUACACGGAAACGUAUUCAGUUGGUUAUUAUUUGCAAUACCUGUGUACAUGGCCAAACUUGAUGAACAUUGCCGAGUCGCCAAAUCAUCAAAUCAUGGGAUAUGUCAUGGGGAAGAUGGAGGGCGAGAACGAAGAUUUCCAUGGACACGUCAGUGCUAUAACCGUAGCGCCAUCAUACCGAAGACUUUCCCUGGCCCGGGAGCUCAUGAAGCUGAUCGAAUCAGCCUCCGAACAACAAUCGUGCUACUUUGUUGACUUGUUUGUCAGGGUCUCGAAUUCCUUGGCGAUCUCGAUGUAUGAACACUUUGGCUACUCCGUCUAUCAGCGCGUAUUGAAGUAUUAUUCAGGCGGUGGGGUGGGGGACCAUUUGGACGAGGAAGACGCCUUUGAUAUGAGAAAGGCACUCUCACUCGACAAAGACAGAAAAAGUGUUCGGGAAAAUGGGAGAGAAGUCUUAGUUGAUACUCCAUCCUUUUGAAUGAACAUUUAUGAUGGGGAGUAAAUUCCAACUACGAUCUCAAAGUUAUCACCCACUGUUUCUGGAUGCUUCAAGUUUACUUAACGGUUGAUACAUCAACGGUAUGUUGCUUGACAACAUUUGAAUUAAAGGAAUUGGGUUCAGGUUUAGUUGAGUGAGGAAUCCGAAGACUCAGUGCAAUUAAUGAUGCAUUUAAUA